AUGUCCGUAGUUCAGAGUGCGGGAAGUGCGCCAAGUACGGCGAGGCAACCACAGACAUUUUCGAUUAUCGCUGACGGUCGGCGGAAAGUCCACACGACGUAUCCCGAUAAAUCAGAGAAAGUAGAGGAAUAUGAUCUGAGAGAUGACACGAUUCUGGUGCGGAAAUUCCGUCGUCCAAAUCUUUUCGGGACAGAUGGGACGUGGGACUACGAAAUUGGCGCGCCGCGAGAAAGUGGUGCCAUAACUGUCGAGACUAGUAACGGCAAUGACAUGAUUAUGGCACCAAGUGUGUCAUCUCCUUUCUGUGUUACGAGGGAUACAAAGGACGCUUUUGAGUGGCGGAUACGUAAUCUACCCUUUCCCUCAGAGACGUACAGUGUCCAGAUUGAUGGGGAGACCAGAGAGAUCGUUAUACGCACAACAAAUAAAAAAUAUUUCAAACGGCUGCGCAUGAGUGACGUUCAAUCUCUUGGUCUCGACCUCAAACCUGAGAGCCUCUCAUGGUGUCAUCAACAUAACACGCUGAUCGUCUCCUACAAAAAACCACCGAAAAUCCUGGAGCUGGAGAAGAAACGCGCAGAAGAAGCGAAGCGUGUGGCCCUAAACGCGAACUGA